GCUAACAGCCAGUUUCCGUCUGGCUACGUAUCUCUUGACAAGUGACGUUCAUUUCGCAUCGUACACACGCAGGAUUCGGGAUGAUUCGAUAGAACGCAUAUCGCGCUGGGGGCGUUUUAUUAGAGUGUACUGGAGUGCACUCUUUAUGAAGCUGUAUUAUAUAUUUGAUGGAAUGCGAAAUACGGCUUCACCGAUCGUGGCUUAACGUAAUUGUCCCGAAAUCGACUCGUCGAUAAACAACGGCACUGACACCGAUAUCAACGGCGAAGAAUGCGCGAUGCGUGUCCCGGCAUCAAGAACGCAGUAUCCAAAAACCUCGUGAAUAAUGUCCAGGUAUCCAUAAUACGCGGAAUAGAGGUGGCGAGUUAACGAGACACAUAAGUCUUGGAAGAAAGGUAUGGAGGGUGUCAACGGCCAGCUGCAAACCAAGUAUCAAAAAAUCGCCGCGGAAUACUCAAAAGUUCGUGCGCAAGCAAAUGUUCUAAAAAAGGCUGUGAUAGAGGAGCAAGCACGUAACACAGAUGUUCGAAAUCAAUUGAAGGAAAAGGAAGUGGAACUUCGGAGAGCUGAUCAGGAAAUAGACAGUUUGACAUUUCGUAAUCAGCAAUUGACAAAGCGUAUAACUGUACUGCAAGAGGAGCUAGACAAAGCACAGAAUAAACCUAAGAAGGGCAAGAGUAAAGUACAAGAGAACAAUAGCCAAAUUCCAGCAUUACCACCCAAUAACAUCUUAGAUGAGGAAUUUCAAAAGAAGAUAGUGGAGAAUGCUCAAUUAUUAUCACAAAUUAGUGACAAAGAUAGUGAAAUUGAAAGUUUGUACGAAAGGAUACAGCAAUUAGAAUAUAAACUCGAUUAUUGUGAAAAGUCUAAAGUAGAAUUGGAGUGCCAGUAUCAAACUACCAUAGAUAAAAUAGAAAGAGAGAGAAAUGACUUACAAAGAAAAUUGAAUGAUAAGCAAAAACAUGAGGAAACUGUAUCGUGGUCUAGUAACGAAGGUAGACGUGAUGGUUAUGAUUUUGAUACGAGAGGAAUGUUUUCCAAUCAUCGUCAAACAGAACCAUCUCCAGUUUCCUCCCCAUCUGCUUCACGUAGAUCUUCAAAGUCACUUGGAGAAGGAAAGCCACAAAAGUCACAAGAAGAAAGUAAUGAAUUUCUCUAUGCAAAAUCAUAUGACUUAGAAAAAGAAAUUAAUCAUUGGAAAGCUCAAUAUCAUGUACUCAAGAUAAAGUUUGACGAAUUAGAGCAAAAGGAAGCUAUAGCAUCUUUUCAAACUGACAAUGAUGCAUUGGCAUUCGUGGAAAUAAAUAACAUGAUUGGCAAACUGAGUGCACCUUUUGCACUACCAGAAGAGGUUACAGCUCGUGAAUUAAAAAUUAGGGAUUAUUUCUUGCAAGAAAUUGAAAGAAUAACAAAUGAAAAACACAUCUGCCAUAUAAAAAACUUAGCUAUGGCUGCUAAUAACGAAGUUAUGCAUGUGCAGUUCGAUACAAGUGAAUCAAAGCGAGAGAAAUGCGAAACAACGCUAUUAGAGGCACAUUCUAAUUACAACAGUUUACAAAAGGAAAAGGAAACACAAGAAGGAAAUUAUAAGACACAACUCAAUACUAUGAGUGAACAUCUUGCCGUUAUGAACGAGAAACUUAUCUUCCAAACGGAAGAAAUACAACAAUUAAAAUUUGAACUAGCCAAUAAGAAUAGUAAAAAAGGAAAACAGAAGUGAUCCAGGUCAGCAUUGCAAAGAACAAUCAUUGACAUUCCAUCAAUGGUAUGAUUUAAUCAUGGUUAUUGAUAAAUAUAAUUUUAUGUACAUAUACGGAUCAUACCUGAUAAGCAGUGAUUUAUAAACUUUUGCGCAUACUCAUAUCUUUAGCUGUAAAGAUCUUUAAUGCUAAAGAGCUAUUUAACUUAAUAUCACAUUAUUUAUAAAAUCAAAAUAAAACCUUAUCAAGGACAUUGUUCUUUUUA